AUGGUCAGCUGGAAUACUGAACUAAGUCAGGCAGGGUUCAGUAUUGGUUUUAAACUGAGUCUAGUUGGUAGGGCUGGUGGUGAAAAAGUGUUUGGUAGGGUUGAUGGUGAAACACAUUAUCUGAGCCAUGACACACAAAAUGAAUUAAUUAAAUUAAUGUCCAAAUCUGUUAUCAACAAAAUUAUAAACAGAGUCAAACAAGCAAAAUAUUAUGCCUUCACGCUCGAUUGUACCAGGGAUUCGAGCCAUAGGGAACAAAUGUCAAUAAUAAUAAGAUUUUGCAGUUUCUCAACUGGAGAAAUAGAGGGACAUUUCAUUGGGUUUAUUGCCAGCAGAGAAACAAUGGGAGGGUGUUGGGAUCUUAUAAAAACUAAACUGCAGUUGACAUCGAAACCAGUGUCUGAAACACAAUGGGAAAGUAGAAUCGGAGCUGUAAAAGGAAUAUUUUUGCGAUUUUAUGAUGUCAUUGACAGUUUGAGUGACCUGAAAUAUAGAACUGAUGAUUCCAAAACUCUUAGCGACUUUGAAGCAGUCUUGAAGGAAAUGUUAACUUUUGAGUUUAUUGUUGCAAGACAUGUGUGGUAUGAGAUUUUACUACGUGUCAACAAUAAAAAAAGUAGUUAUGAAAUUGAGCCUCAGUUAAAAAAAAAACAAGAGCACAGAAAAAAAUUAAUAUUCAGUUAUGAACAAUUUUAUGAACCUAUACAAUCUGCUGAAAUGAAGUACAGAGAUAACUUUUUUAACAUUAUGAUAGACACUACAAUAUUCGACACCAAACAUCGAUUCAAAGCACUCAAUGAAUAUUUUGAACAAUUUGGUUUUAUUUACGAUAUGAAUUAUUUGAAAUCUUUAUCUAAGGACAAACUUCGCAAACAUUGUAAUGAUUUAGACACAAUAUUCAAGAAGGACUCAAGCAAAGACACAAAACAACUUAAUCAGUACAUAUUAAAAAAUAAUUUGGAAAAAGUACAUCCAAAUCUUUACAUAACAAUCAGAAUAAUGCUCACAGUUCUGGUCAGUACAAUUUAUGCUGAGAGAAGUUUCUCAAAGUUAAAAUUGAUUAAGAAAUAUUUAAGAAGCACAAUGUGCCAACAAAGACUAUCUGCAUUGUCAGCACUAUCAACUGAAACAGAAAUAGCGAUUGCUGAACAGGUUAUCAGUACGAUCUUGAUAACACACUGUCCGACAAUAAAAGAGGUGAAAUUUAAAGUGAUGAUAUCAGGAUAA